UGUAAUAUUAAAAAUCACCCAAUAUGUAUGUCAGGAUUUGAUCUGAGUCUACAUCUUUUCAUUCCACAGGCUGUGGAGGAGGAACACGACGUGCCGUCCAGACGUGUGACGUCACGCCCACGUCUUACGUCAACUCAAAAUCGAAGUAGAUGUCUACAGGCGUACACUCUCUGUUUUCUGUAUUGCAAUAAACCUUCUUUUUUAAUAUACGUACACUCUCGAACUUGGUGUGUUUGACCCCGCCGCUGUAGAGGAACACCCCCGAGGAACAAGCACGCACGGGACCUGAGUCGACGCUUCUUUCCGCUGGACCAGCGUUACUGCAUCUAUUAGCAAAAACUCGCUAGCUAAGCAGCUGCUAGCGUUAGCACUGAGCUAGCACUACCCCGCCGUCGAGCUAGCUGUGCGUUAGCACCUUAGCCUAGCUCGCUAACCAGUGACAACUGACAAAGGGCAUGGAUGAUGUGAUCCUGAACCCUCAAGACUGAAAAAAGGGAUUUUCCUGUUUGCCUCAUUACUGACUACAAUUGACACACUUUUAGACUCGCUUCAUAAGACAACGUCCCAAUAAUCCACGCGGCAUUCCUGUCUGCAGUUCUUUCUGCACCUGAACCAUGUGAGGGCCCCUCGGUCCAGUCUGAGGGGAUCCCAGGACUGUUGCAAGUACGCCCCCGCUGUGCGGGGUGAGACUGAUCCUGUCUGUGUUUGAGAGAGCAGUGUUUUCAGAAGCCCCCUCCCCACCCACACAUUCCUGUUCUCCUUACUGAGGAGACACGCCAUGAUGUUCCGAGACCAAGUAGGUAUCCUCACAGAUUGGUUCAAAGGCUGGAAUGAGUGUGAACAGACGGUGGCACUGUUGUCCCUCCUGAAGCGGGUGUCCCGCACCCAGGCUCGCUUCUUACACAUCUGCCUGGAACACUGGCUGGCAGACUGCACAGAGAUCCACAUCCUCGAAGCCGAGGCCAACAAUGCAGCAAUUGUCAAUCAGUGGCAUCAGGAGCCAAAAGAGAAAGUGGUGUCCUUGCUGCUGUCCCACCUGCCUCUGCUGCAACCGCGCAACAGCGAGGCCAAAUGUGAGUAUAUGAAGCUGCUGCAGAAGGUGUUGAGUCACACGAUUGAGAGCAGCCUGUUUGUGGAAGAGAGCAGACAGCUGCUGUCCUAUGCUCUUAUCCACCCUGCCACCACACUGGAUGACCGCACCUCUCUGGCCAUGUGGCUAAACCACCUGGAGGAACACCUAUCCAGUGGCUACGCUCCCCGGGCCCCAUCCAGCCCCUACCACCCACGCCAGGGCUCAGAUGAAUGGCCCAGCUCCGCUGAGGCUCUGGACCCUGGCCAUGCCUGGCAUGACAAGUCCCCAUCAUCCAGCACAUCUCCACCAGGCCAGAACGGACACAUGCCUUUCCCAGGCGGGAUGUCCUCUCCCAUCAACAGCAAUAACACAGGUCUAUGUGGGCAGUUGCAGCCCAGCCCUCUGAAGAAGUCCAUGUGCGUUAUUCCUUCCAGUCCCCACGCUUGUGGCUCUGAGUGGAUUUGCCAGGAUGAUGCAGGGGGACGACAGAGCUUCAUUCCCACCGACCAUGCACCUCUUUCACCCCAGAGCAGCGUAGCCUCCUCAGGCAGUGAGCAGACAGAAGAACAUGGCUCCGCUCGAAACACUUUCCAGGAGGAUGGCAGUGGCAUGAAAGAUGUUCCUGCAUGGUUGAAAAGUCUCCGUCUUCAUAAAUAUGCAUCGCUUUUCUCCCAGAUGACCUAUGAAGAGAUGAUGAUUCUCACAGAGCACCACCUUGAGUCACAGAAUGUCACUAAAGGAGCACGGCAUAAGAUUGCCUUGAGCAUCCAGAAACUGCGAGAGAGGCAGAGUGUGCUCAAGUCUUUAGAAAAGGAUAUUUUGGAAGGGGGGAACCUUCGUAACGCCCUGCAGGAGCUGCAGCUGAUCAUCAUCACACCCAUCAAGGCCUACAGCCCACCAAGUGCAGCGCAGCCUGCCGGAGACACCAGCUCACUUUCUGAGGCAACAAAAACAGGAGCCGAUAAAGAGUCAGUCUCUGAGGGCUUCCAGUCCCACAACCCACCUCCCUGUGAUGGAGACUCCACAGCCACACCCAUCUCAGACGGCGACAUUGCUGGACAGUUCACCCGUGUCAUGGGCAAAGUGUGCACCCAGCUGCUGGUGUCGAGGCCAGAUGAGGAGAAUAUCAGCUGUUACCUUCAGCUCAUUGAGAAAUGUCUAACACAUGAGGCUUUCACAGAAACUCACAAGAAAAGGCUGGUCUCCUGGAAGCAGCAGGUCCUCAAACUGCUCCGCCUGUUCCCUCGGAAAGCUAUGCUGGACAUGCCUGUGUACCGACAGAAAGGCUGGACGUAUGGGUCCAACUCCCUCCCCACAGCUGGUUCUGUGAGUGGAAGUGUAGCGCGACGAGGGCAAAGGCAGUUCCAGAUGACUCCUCGUGGACUCCAAGCUGGGCGCAUAAGUCUUCUGAGUCCUGGUGGUAUAGGGGGAGCAUCUCCACGCCACACACUCACUAACCCUGUGCUGUCAGGCCAGGGUAGACAAAACUUGUGGUUUGCCAACCCCGGGGGCAGUAACAGCAUGCCAAGUCAGAGUCGCAGCACUGUGCAGCGGACCCACUCACUCCCUGUCCACACUUCCCCACAGACCAUGCUCAUGUUCCAGCAGCAAGAAUGCCAAGUUCCAGGUGCUGACCUGGAGAUCAACCCCACGCUGGAGUCACUGUGCCUCAGUAUGACAGAGCAUGCCUUAGGGGAUGGAACAGACCGGACAUCAACGAUAUGAACAGGAGAAAGGAAAAAUACACUUCAUUUGAGGCCUGUUCAGUUCCUCAUCACCCAGCACAAAGAUAUUACGUAUGCUUAAGAAAACCAGGCAAAGCAGUCACUACAAAAUGACAAAAAACUGUGUAUAUGUUCUCUAAUAUUUUUCUACUUUAUUAUAUACAACUAAGUUUAUUAAAAAUGGAAUACAGAUGAUUAUUAUAUUGCAGGACAGAGAAAAAAAAAGGUUAACUGUGGAAUCUGCUCCAUGUCACCUGCAGGACUGUGACAUGGUGUGCAGAGGCUCAGUUUGCCACGGUCUGAGAGAAAAACGGUUGAUUGGUGCUGUCUUAAAGGGUUUCUGCCCUAUGAGUUACUUUUCUUUUCCCUCUGCCAUGGAGCAGGGCUUUCUAUCCAGAACACACCGCAUAAUGUGUAAUUUAAAAAAAUGUCUAGCCCGAGGUAAGGCACUUUUUAUUAACAAUUAUCUGUGAUAUUAGGCAAUUGGAAUUGGCCCAAGAAUCAACUCGAGGAAAGGUUCAACUUGUUAGACGGGUGUUGAUAUACACUUCGUAGCCACCUUAAUUGUUCUAUAACUGAUGAUAGUGAGAGCUUGUGUUGGUUGAAAACUCGAGACACCUUUCCUUGGUUCUUUUUAUCUUCUCAAGAGAAGCUGUUUUUGUUGCAAAGGCAAGAGACGGAGGACCAAAAGGAUUGAGAAAAAACUUAUACCCCUUAUUUUUUUUUUCUUUUCCUGAACACGUAGUCAAAGUAGAAGUGACUGUCCUCCUCUUAACUUCUACAAAGCCAAAGAGAAAGGUUUUACGAUGGUUAAUUUGAGAAGGCUAUUUGUAGUGAAAUGCAACAGAAUGGUAUAAUUUUGUAAAAUAACAAAACAACAACAACAAAAAAACAGCAGUUUGAAGACUUAAUGCCAGCUGCAAUUUGUCUCUGUCAUUUGAUGCCCUACUACAUAAAUGAUGAUGAAUCUCAUUUUGUGCCGAGUAAUCCCAGAGCGGGCCUGUGUGGAUCGUACUGUGCAAGAGCUGCUUUGAUAUUCAAUUGAUAAAAGCAAGAGGGGUAAAGUGUUUUCAAUUUACACUCUAAUGCUGGGUGAGAAAACGAAAUGAAACCUAUUUCAACUCUCUGGCCCCCUUGCAAUUGGCUUUGGAAAAUGAAGCUUGAUCUUGUAAUAGAUGCUCUGGAGCGCAGCGCCCUCCCCCUCACAGUGCCCGCUUCCUCAGACGGCCAACGUGAUGAUUUGAUGAAUCAUAAUUUUCAAGGCGCUUGACGAUGUCCCAUGUUUUCUGUUUGUGUCUCUGUGUGUUUCAGUUUCAGAACCCAAACAUUAUCAUGUGGUAUCAGUGUUGAAUCAAAAACAAAGUCUUAUACAGCCUCUGUCUUUGAAUGUGGCAGAGCGGAGGUGCAUGUAUGUGUAAUAUGGUCUUAACUUUUGGUUACAUCUUAAGGCAGGGACAACCAUUCACAUUUUUAUUUCAGCAGAGCCAUAGGAGGUCGGUCUAGUAAAAAAAAAGAUGGUUAUUUACAGAUAUCUUUUCCAAUUGUAUUUUUUACUCUCCCUUGAUAUUGAUAACUUAUGCUUAAUUUCUAUAAUCGCAUGUUUUGCCACACUAAUACAGCACUGUUGUAGAUAGAGGACAUGGUGGUUGAUGGCACCCAGUGUCACCAACAGCAAGAGAGCAAGGAAUCUUGCGACUAAUGUUGUAUGUUUAUAUCGCCUAAAUGUUUACAUCUCUCUGGGAUAAUGCCCGAUUCAUGUUAAGUGAUGUCAUGAAUUCUCCAUUGUCUCAUUAUGUAACACAUUAAAGAAACUGAAGCCUUCUCGCACAUGAGCUGGCCGGGUGGAGCCUGAAAUCAAAAGCCUUCUACCCCCUUUAUUCACGGACUCCCUGCGAGUCAGUAGAUUUUUUUUUUCAAGUGAUUCCUGUACGAGUCAUAUAACGUCUGCUUUUCUGGUCAUGCGGUGACGAGAGGAGAAUAGCCUUCCUGACCUGGCGAUUUGAGCUGUUAGCUGUCAUGUCCUGACAAACUGUUCAUGUGGUGCCUGAAAUGCACAGCUCCAGUAUGCUCCACAAGAUGAUGUAAUGGUCUUGAGUAGUGUUCUAGUCAUGAACUUCUUUCUUCAGAGCAGGCUCUUGGAUAGAUCUGACUUACUAAAAGCAUCACACUCAUGCCCUCAAAAGACUUCAGCGAGUGAGCAAUGCUGACAACUUUAAUACCGUUUCUUUUUUUUUAAAAACUAUUCACUAUACUGUAUAUUGCUUGUGUUAUGUUACAAGUGGCUCAGAUUGUCCUUUUUCACGGCCUCUGAAGCUUUGGACAGUCUACAUACUAGUGAAAAUCGACAAAUAGGUACAAUGCAGCAGACUCCUGCAAGUGUCUGGGCCUAAUGAAGAUGCAGCGGGGGACGACGACGCUCAUCUGAGCCACACAUGAUGGGAUCAUGAGUAAACUGAACACUUACAACAGGCCAAGGAAUAUGUUUACCCCAUGUUUACAUUCCAGUGAUCCAUGAGUAGAGUUGGGGCAGUGCACUUCACAAGUCCAGCCUGGUGUGGGUAGUUUUUUGUUUGUUUGUUUACGUACAAAGCAUCCACCAGGAGGUACAGAGCCUGUGUCCUGUGGACCUCCACCCGGUGUCCCCUGCCAGGCUUGAUCAUUGAACUAAUGCAGCCUUGCAUUGCGUUUAUUUGUCUUGUACAAUUUACAUUUAAUUCUUAUUAUCCCCCCAGACAUUUUUCUAAUAUUUGAUGAACCCCUUUGCGUCACAUGCUUACUCUCUACUUUUCUACUGUCACUCGUGUGUGUGUGUGAAUGGUCUGAAAGUGCAGCAUUCGUCGGAUCCUUGACAGUCCAAAUAAAAGAGGUUCAGUUCUUUUGCAACUUCA